UGGCUCAGAUCGCAGUGGCUUCGUUGCGGCAGGGAGCCAUAAUGGGCGAUUCUGCGGUGGGACCAGAUGGUUCGGCAGAGUCGGAAAGUUGCCUCCUGGAAAAAUGGUUCGAAGAGUUGAACAAAGAUGUCGACAAAUGGUUCGUAGAGGGUCACGAUGCCAGCAUCAUCAUGAAGAAGCUUGACAAGAAAAGGGACCUGAUUCGGAGGAAGAUGGCGAUGAUAGACAUGGCCGUCGAGAAGGGCAUCACCGACAAGGACAGGCUUCUUGUCGAGCAGGCGGACGACCCCGACAGAGAGGAGGAGAUGACGAAGCGGGAAAAGGUUGCCGCGGCCGAGGCGUGGCUGCGGCAGCGCAUCGGGGCACGCGGCCCGGGCGGGAAGCCCUGGCCAAUGUGGACAAGCACGUCGCAGCUCACCCGGUACGGCCCUGGGAUAUGGCUGCACUUCCGCUGGAACGUAGUAAUGGGUCCAGCCUUCCUGGCAAUGGUGGUACUCCAGCUGCCGCUAUUCUGGUUCUGCAUCCACGGGAAAGCCGUCGAAGGGCUCGACCUUGGAACCUUCUCCGACACUUCCUCGUUCUCGGGCUUCUUGGCUACCAUGACCAUAGCCAAUCUAGGACAGGAGAACCUGACGAUCUGGUGCAAAGACAUCGACAUCGCAAACGUCACUACCUUGUGCGGGUGGCUGGACGCGGUGGGCGCUCUGAUAGUAUUGCUCGCUGCGAAGUGGUUCGAGUACGUGGAAGUACCCAGGGGAAAAAAAGAAACGCUGACCUUGGUGCCAACGCCGGAUGACUACACAGUCGUGGUGCACAACUUGCCGCCCCAGGCGCACCCUUCGGCCUGCCAGAACCCCUCGGCCAGCUCAGCGGAGGUGUACCGCGCGGAGUUGAAGAGCCACUUCGAGCGUUUGCUCUCGGCCGAGGUGGUCGCGCCCAGGAAGGGCAUGAGAGUGUACAGCACCAAGGACAGCGACGGCUGCAGAAAGUCAAGCUGGUCGCGAUCAAGGCGCUUCAGCCAAUGCGUGCAGCACAAGGGAAAGGUGGUCAGCGUCCAAGGCACGUCUGUCAAGGUCAAGUGGGACAAGGGCCAGGGGCCAGAGGAGGACCCCAUCGAGAUGGAUCAGCUGCGCGACAUGAAGGUGAGGAAAAGGCUCGAGCUCUUCCACAUCAACCCUACCAAUCACAACGAGGGAGGGCCAGUGUACCAGGUCCACCUCGUCCACGACUACGGGGGCGAGGUGCUCAGACUCUCGCGAGAGUGGGCCGCCGCGGAGUCCUCCCGCGGGAGGCAGGACGAGAAGAAGAAGGCAUUCUGGGACAUGGUGAGGGAAAAGUCCCUGCUUGACGAUCGGCCCGUCAUCCUGGCGUUCGUUGUUUUCAGGCACCCGUCGUACAAACAGUUUAUUGUGGACGAGUACCGCCUUAGCAGUCUACCUAUGGCACGUUACCUCCAGCCUCGAAUGCUGAAUUUCCAAGGGACGCCUAUACAGGUCGAAGUUGCGGAGAAUCCCAGCGACAUCUUGUGGACUAAUUUGGACAUCUCUUCACGGGAGAGCUGGAGGCAUUGCGUGGUCACGGUCGGUGUGUUUGCUGUGGCCAUUGCCGCCUGCUUGCUCGUCAUGUCAUGGGCAAAGAAUGCCGCUCAAGACGCCCUGCCGCAGACUGGCUCUUGUGGGCCGGAUGUCACCUGUACGGUAGGUGGGGGUGGCAGCGCUGCAGAUCAGUGCGUGUGCGCCGCGUGUGGAUAUCAGGGCGUGUGGAACGACCAUCCAACUGGCAUUUGGGAGGAAUGCAAGGAGUGGUGGAAUGCUCAACAAAAGGCGGCAUUUUGGUCUUCCAUGUCAGGGGUACUGAUUACCGUUUUGAACUUUUUCGGAAAGGAUUUAAUUACGCGCCUGAGCGUUUCCACUCGUCAGAAGACUUUGACAUUGCAGGAACACCUCACAGUAUAUAUGAGCACAGUCCUGUGUUUCCUCACUUUGGGCUUUACUACGGCGCUCGUUAAUUGGAAGGCAGAGGGUGUCUAUAUCGGCGGUCCAGGUUUCCUGGGCAUCUUCGGAAAUGGAGAAUACGAUGACACACACGCAGAAUGGUUCGUAAUGGUUGGUGGUCAGAUUGUCAAGAUAUUCCUAAUGUCUGUAUCGUUCUUGCCUUUGUACGCUUUCACGCCGUACGCCUUGGGAUGCCUGCGAUGGAUAAGGAGAGGUCGGCUCAAAUCUUGGCAAGAGCUGAAGAAACUCUACACCCCGCCACAGUUCACAAUGGCUGUAAUGCAGGCGCUCCAGCUCAGCCACAUCUUGGCCGCCAUGAUGGGCUCUAGCGGAAUGCCGUUCAUGUCGAUCACCCUGGUCCUGGCGGUGUUCGGGCAGCAUUGGGUCGACAAGCUUGUGCUGCUGCGGGGCUCCGACGUGCCGCCCAUGUACACGGAGCACCUCGCGGUGGGGAUGGCGUGGUGGGUGUAUUUCGCGGUAUGGGUGCAUUCUGUCGCAGCGAUCUGGAUGCUCGGUAACAACGAGGUUUUUCCCAGUCGCGACUCGGCGAGCUCCGCCAGCGUCGCCAAAGAGUGGAUGGACUCCCUCACCGGCGACGCCGUCUUCGCGGGGCGCAUGGUGCAGAGCGCGGCCAUUCCCAACACGCUCCUGCUGCUGGGCCUCACCGCCCUCUUCCUGUCGCGGCUGCUCGCCUUCCUCUUGGGGGGCGGGCUCCUUGCGGACCUGACCCUGGCGGUGUCCCAGGGGUGCUGCAGGGGGCGGAGCGUCGACGGCGUCGACGACCGGCAGACGGUCGACCAGGCAGAGAAAGAGUGGGACAUGCGCCAGAUAAAGCACUGCUACGAGAUGUCGGAGCUGAAGGAGUUCGCUUUCCUCAAGCCUUCCGCCGCCGCGGGCGACAAGGUGUCGAGGGCGAAGAACAAGCUGAAGGACAUCCGGUCCAUGGCCUUAACAAAGAGCGCCAUGGGAGACGCAUCCGCCGUGGCCGCGAGCGACGCGGUGAAGCCUGCGCCGGCGGCCGACGGCGAGUUCGCUGGGCCCUCGCAGGUGGCGCGCCGCGGGCCCUCGUCGGACCUGCCUUCGGUCCUCCUCCGCCUCUUCACCUACCAGCACUGCCGACUCCUCCACAUCAGACGUGGAGGAGGCGCCCGCCCUGCUGGCAGGGGAGCUGCUGGCGCCGACCGUGCCGUCGGAUCCGGCGGAGCCGAAGGCGAGGGCGAAGAAGGCAAGACCGGCGACAGACGGCAGCGCUGGCGCGUCGGACGAUGGGGAGCCCAAGGACGCCCUGUCUUGGGCCGCGGAGAAGCCGAACAAGAAGAAAAAGGUCAAGCCGGCCGGUGGCCCUGGCACUCGAAGUGCAUCUGUUUCUCCCGGCGCGACAGGCGGAGAGGACAGCAUGGAAACGCCAGCACCCGGGCCCCCGCUGGGGGGAGCCGAGGGACUCCUAAUAUCUCCGAAGGCGAAGGCGAAGCGCAAAGUCAAAAAGGCGCAAUGAGCCCGCGCUCCCGAAGUGAGUUCACUGGUAUGUGAACGUUCUGCAUGUUUGAUGUGUAUUGCGGGGGGCGUUGCCAGCCCUCGUGCUCGAAGGAGCACGGCGUGUUGACAAUGUAGUGUGAGUCGACAGAUUUUCCUGUGGCUCUUUGGACACAAUCUGAUCGCAGCCCCGAAGCACCUGCAAUGACUGUUUUUGUGCGCGCUUGACAAACUACUCGGCCCAAUCACUCGGUCAACGUAACAUAUACACACAGCAUGCUUGUGGUAGGCAUCAGC